GCCACGUUGGAGCUGAAAAAAGAACUAAAUCCCUUGGGCCAAAUUCAUUCCCGGAGUUGCUUGAUUGAACGCAGUGCAUUUACACUGAGCACAGAUUUGGCUCAUACCUGACUUUGUCAGCAUUCACUGUGCUGUAACUAAGUAACAAGAACACUCUCAUUAGGGGACAGAUGAAUAGCUUUCUCUAAGGUUAUUAGAGCACUGAGCACCUUUAAGGAGUGCAGAAAUCUGUGAAAGGAGGAGUUGGGGAAAAGGACACUGCUCCUUUUAGAGUCUGUGUAACAGAACUGAUAAGCUAUUCCUGUGAUGUGAUCGAAUGUGACAAUACUGCAGGCUCUUGGACUCUUAUUCUAUAAAAUCCACAUCAGAGCAGCACAGGAAAAGAUCGGAGGGAACAGCUUCUGCUGUACUGAGAAAGAUGCUGGAGAGCUCUUCAGUCCUUUUGUUCAUUGUCUUCGUCCUGCUUUUCAUUUUGCUGCUCUUUGUGGUGCUCAUCAGGAAAAACGGCACUGCUGCCCUUAUCUGGAAUGAAAUAAUCCGGGAAAAAAUAACCAAUUUCAUCAUGAAUCAGAGCAAAGAACAGAGGAUUUUAAAUUUCGUGCUGCAGAAUGCAGUCCGAGGAGACCCCUGUAGUGUGCUGGACACUAUAGAUAAGUACUGCUCCCAGAAAGAGUGGGCCAUGAAUGUGGGCGAUGAGAAAGGUUUAAUUCUAGACAAGACAGUAGAAGAGGUCAAUCCAUCAGUUGCACUGGAGCUGGGAACAUACUGUGGCUACUCAGCAGUUAGGAUUGCUCGGCUACUGAAGGCAGGAGCUCACCUUCUCACUGUGGAGUUCAACCCAGAAUUUGCUGCUAUAGCUAAACAGAUGAUUCAGUUUGCUGGAGUACAAGAUAAGGUAAAACUCCUAGAAGGUCCUUCAGAGGAAAUUAUCCCCCAGCUGAAGAAAAAAUAUGAAGUGGAUACUCUGGAUUUUGUCUUCCUGGACCACUGGAAAGACAGAUACACACCAGACACCAUCUUGCUUCAGGAAUGCAACUUGCUGAGGAAGGGCUCGGUUCUUCUGGCUGACAAUAUCAUCGUCCCAGGAGCUCCAGAAUUCCUUAACUAUAUGCGCAACAACCCCCGUUUCCAAUGUACUAACUACCCAUCUCAUCUGGAAUAUAUGAAAGUGGAGGAUGCUAUGGAAAAGGCUGUGUUUUUGGGAUAGAGAGCGCCAUUAAUACUCAACCUUUGUUUCAAAUGACAUAAAUGCAACUGCACAGGUUAACUUGUCCAUGCUUUAAAUUUUGUUUUGUUUUGUUUUUUUAUUUUGGAGCCUGUAAUUAAAGAAAGAGCUAGUGGACAUCAUUUCAGAUCAGGUAGAAACCAAGAUUGGGACUAAACAGGGUAACUGCUCAAAGGUCUGCUCCAUUGUUUUAUAUAAUUCAGCAAACCCAAGGUGAUGCACAUUGCUUUGCCUUGACCAACACAUCAUCGAACAACACAGUCUGUUAUUUUGAGCUCAAACCCAAACAACCACAGUUUGGGCUUAGGGUGGGGUGGAGAAAGUCACUUGCACCUUCUGAAGACUUGUGUCCCCAAGCUAAACUGAUUAAUUGUUAUCAAGAGUGGAAAAAAGCAUGCGUGUUGCAAGAAAAGACCAUUUCAGGAGCCCUGAUUUUGCUAAAUUACUAGCAUACCACUUAAUGCAGUGGAGGCUCCUAUCGCAACAUCAGAUACAUUUUUGCAUAGUUACUGCAAAAGUUAAUCAUCUCUAUACUAGAGAAAAUGGCUUGCGCUGAAAGAAGACCGACCCAUGCAGUGAUGAGAAAAUAAAACAGAAUUUUGCAGAAGACAAACAAAGUUAUUAAUCUGCCCAUGCAGAGGUAGGGAAAACUGAAGUAGUAAAUAGAUUAGAAUAAACACAGUAACAGACAGAUAACAAAAGGAGCAGGGUCUUUCCAAAAGAACACUAAAACUACAUAGUAUCAGUAUACCUCAUGUUUAUCCCCUCAUAUUUACUUAUCCCCUCAUUAUAUUGUAUAUACAUAGUGUGUGCUUUUUAGGGGCAGGGCAAGCUUCUUCCUCUGAAGUGCUGUGGAAGUUUAAGACACUGUAUAAAAAUAAAGACCACAGAGAAUGGGUUUUACCAGGUGGGUCCUGCACACCCUGGUUAACCUCAGUGUUGUUAAUACUAUGUGAACAGUGAGGGUUGUCACUGAGAAGAUACAAAGCCAAAUCUGAAGCCUCUAACUCACCUGAAUAAUGCAGAAAUCCACUGGCAUUUCCUGGCAUGUCCUGCUGUGAUUAUAUAAUGAGAUAAUGGUCACAUUUAUAAAUAAAAACUAAAAAACAAUA